AACAUGUGGUCGUGAAAGAUUCAUGGAAAAAUACUUCACAUUUUUAAUUCGAAAUCUAAAAAAAAAUGAAAAUUUAAGGCGAAAAAUUUUGGACUUGUAAAUUUGACUUCAUUCAUUAUUUAUUUCAGGAAACAAAAAUUAACAUGACAGGUGGGAGUCUCAACAGUCAAAGUUUCGACUCACCCUAUCUUGGAAUCAAUAGUCGUAAAGGCUCGGUACCAGGUGCUAGGACAUCACCAAAUUACACCAGUGGUAAAAAUGGUUUCUCGGUUAGAGGUGCGAAAACGUUGGGCUGGUACUUAACUGAUGAAUUGUUUUUAAGAAACAACGAUACGCAGCACAAUAAAGAAAAGAAAGAUGCUAGGUCGGAAA